AUGCGGCCUCCGACCUAUCCCCACACUAACCGGGGCGUUCCUGUUGCCUUUACCGUCCUCACCGAGGCCCAGCCCCGCCGGAGCUUCCCAGCACAGGCCUCGAAGCCGCCUCAGAGGCCUCGGAGCCGAGCCCGGCCCAGCGCGUCCCUGACAACAGCCGCUCGCGGCCGGUACCGGGCUCACGCGGGCCUCGCGCUCCCCGCCACUGCCACCGCCGCCACUUGCCCCCGCCCAGCCCCCGUCCCGCCCGGCGUGGCCUUACCCGAGGCGCCGAUGGAAAAUGGAGGCCUCCGCGGCGGCGGCGGCGAGCGAGGCGGGGCGGAGCAGACGAGCGGCGACCUCCGGGCAGGCGGAGCGGCGCUACAUCCGCUUCCGGCGGCGGCGAUGGCAGCAGGGUGGCGGGUGGUGGUUCUGGUGCUGGCGCUGGGCGCGGCAGUGCGCGGCGGCCUCGGGCCCGUCACCUGCGGCUCCGUGGUGAAGCUGCUCAAUCUGCGGCACAAUGUCCGUCUGCACUCGCACGACGUGCGGUACGGCUCAGGCAGUGGGCAGCAGUCGGUGACCGGGGUGUCGGCGGCGGAUGACGGAAACAGCUACUGGCGGGUGCGGGGCCGCACGGCGGCUGUCUGCGAGCGGGGCACGCCGGUGCGCUGCGGGCAAGCCAUCCGCCUCACCCACCUGGGCACGGGCCGCAACCUCCAUAGCCACCACUUCGCUUCCCCUCUUUCCGGGAACCAGGAGGUGAGCGCGUUCGGGGAGGCCGGUGAGGGAGACUACCUGGAUGACUGGACGGUGGUGUGCAGUGGGACCUACUGGGUGCGGGAUGGUGAGGUGCGCUUCCAGCACACCUCCACCGACGUCUUCCUCUCGGUGACGGGGGAGCAGUAUGGGCGGCCCAUCCAUGGGCAGAAGGAGGUGCACGGAAUGGCUGCCUCUAGCCAGAAUAACUACUGGAAGGUGAUGGAGGGUAUCUUCAUGAAGCCUAGCGAGGUCUUCAAAGCAGAGCAGUACCACGCUGAAUUGUGAUGGAUGGACAAACUGACACCAAGCCUCUGGGUGCUGCCCUGCAGUG